GCCAUAUCAGAAUCAGACGUGAAAACAUUGCAGACGAGAGAGGCAGUGCUUUUCGGGCAGCGCUGCAAAAAAUCUGCCAAAAUCGGCAGAAAAACCCUGGUGAUUGGGAGGGAAACUUAGCACUAAAUGUGAAUAUAGUAGUAAUUUAACCCAGUGAAUUGCGAAAGUGAUAGUAGUGGUUACCUUUUUGGUUAAAACAAGCUAAAAAUUUAAUAGUCUCGAUUCUAAGUUGGAGCAAAGGAGUGAAAGAGAGCGAGCGAGAGUGUGAGCGCGAGCCCAAGCAUAGAGAAAGGAAGAAAAAGGUGAUGCUUCGGGGUUGAAAAUUGUCGACCUUUGCAGAAUUGUGCGGUUUUGGCGGAGUUUGUUGGGUGCAGCAGGUGUGCGCUAAUUUGCGGUCGAGCCGUUGUUAAAAUGCAUCAUGUUCAGAUGUAACGUGAAAAGCACGCGGACCGUGGCAAAGUGCAGCAUCACAAGAGCAGUAGGCGAGGAGCCGAACGUAGUUAGUGAAAAAGUAGCCCUGUCUCGCUCUUCGUCGUCGUCGUCGUUGUCGACGAAUGAUCUUUUUUUGUUCUUCUGCUCCGAAGAGGAAAAAAGAGCCCAUCAUCGUCGUCGGCCGUCGUCGACCAGCAGAAGUAGCAGAAAGCAACGGCACCACCAGCAGAAGCAGCAGAGCACUGCUCUGCUGAAGAAAAUGUAGCCCAUUUCUGGGUGAAAAAGGGCCGAAAAGCGUGAAAAAGUGCGAAUAUUCGUGCGUGCCAGUACGUGCAGUGCGAAAUAUGUGUAAUACCAGUGCGGUGAACGUGCACAAACUAGUGAACAAUUUGCAGAACCCUCGCUGGCAGGAAUUCGAGGUGGAAAAAUCAAUACUAAUAUAAAAAUUAACAAUGGCGGCUGUUUAGUUCGGGGAGGAGCUUUAAAUCGAAUCCUCAUAGAAAUACCUACACAAAAUGGUGAUAUGAGUAACUUACACAAAUAAUUUAAUUGAUAUUAAUAGCGAAAGAGAUAAGCAGCUAAAAGACUAAUCCAAAAAAGAGAAGGAAAACCAUAAAGAAAUUACACAAAUCGACACGAUUAAAACAAAAAUACAAAACACACCUAGCUAAAACAAGACAAAACAAAACAAAACAAACAAACAAAAAGAAGCAGCCCAACCGCGAGAGCAGCAGCCUUUGGUUUUUCCUCAUUUCUAAAAUGCACAGCAUGUUCAAGCAACCUAGCGAAGUUCAGCGUAAAGUCGAAAGGAUUAAACUACUAAACAUUUCGCUCAAGCCACUCGUUUUGUCGUCUCGUGAUUCUUUCAACAUUCCUGCAACAUCAUCAUUAUCAUCAUUUCGGUCACCAUCAGCGUCAGCGCCAGCGCCGGCGACGUCGUCGAGGUCGUGUUCGGCGUCGUCACAACAGCACACAAAAGGAUAUCAUUUAGUUAGUACACCACACAAUAGUAGAAACAACAACGGCAGCAACAGCAGCAGUAGCAGCAGUAGUAGUAGUAGCAGGAGCAGAACGUUACUGUAUAGGUUGAUUGUUCAAACUUUUUUGGCCUUGUUCUUGGUAACCAAAUGCUGUGACGCAGCUAAGCAAGAUGCACUACAAAGCGGCACCGGGUGCACGUUUCCAAAACGGUGGGAGGGACGAUGGUUUCAAUCGGGGGUACAACAGGAAAUUACUAUAGAAGGAUCAACUUUAAGUACUAGAGGAAGAUGUAUCGCUAGCGAGGGAGAUAAAUUUUUAUUAGUGAACGAAAAAGGAUGUCAUCGAUGCGUUGUAAUAUACCAGAAGCAUUUAAACAUACUACAGUAUAAAGAAAGUAUGGGAUGCAAGGGACGCGAAACGUUGCACUACCUUUGCGAGCAGAUCCCCGGCGAUGCACUACUCUACAGUAUGUUCAAGAUCAACCCCGAGCCCAUCAAGUGUCCACUGUCCGGAUCCUUCACGUUCACGUACAACCGUGGCCACGGCGAGUGCAAGAAUCCGGUGUCCAAGAUGGAAAUGUGCACCGAGGACAGCCGUCUGCUGCUGAACUUCCAGGCCUGUCCGGACGUGCCCGGAACGGAGAGCACGGUCGAGGAGCUCACCUGUCUAGCCUGGUGGAAGGACGGAAAUUCCCGGUAUCUGGUUGGACUGGUGUCGCACUACCACGCGACCUCGAACGAGGACCGUUACCGGUGCUUCGUGUACGAGAAAAUUAGUGGAUCCGGAGCCGCCAACGCCGACGCCGAGUACAAGCUGGCCCAGUCUGGGGAUGCGACCUGUAACGGGCUGGAGAGUGCCGAAGUGGGCUCCCGGAUAAUGACCCUGAAGCGGGCUCCGAUGACGGAGCGGUGUCACUUCCCGACGUGGUUCAAGGGGCCACGUCACUGGCACGCGCUGAUGGGGAACGCCAACUACAUCUUCCAUCCGAGUGAUGAAUCGCUGCACAUUGUAAAGCCAAGUGGGUACAUGGAAGCGCGGGCACUUUGCGAGCAGAUCAACAAGCAGACGGCCACGGAGAUGCAGGCCGUCGUCCAUCACACUACGGGAUGCACUUCGGGCUACAUGUGUGUGAUGUUCUAUCGACGAGAUACUCACGUAGCUGAGCUACAGAUGGGAACGCCCGCAGCUAGGCUGGAGGAUGCCUGUGCUCCGAAGAACUUUGACGUGCAUCGGACUCCGUUUGUUACUUUAUUAGCUAAUAAUCCAGAAACGCAGAUCUGUCCGAUGGAAGGAUACUACUCAAUUAAAGGUUUCCUCGUUCCUUCCUCGUCGGUUUCGCGCCACAAGCGAAACCACAACAACAAAAGCCGGAUGCACCGGCACCGGGAGCUCAUCAGCUUCCGCAACCAGGAGAGCUCCCAGGACGGCGUCGUCGGUGGCGUCGGUUCCUACUUCUACAACCUGGAGAAGCGGAAAGCUUUCUCGCGCAUGCGGAGAACUGCACAGGAAGUGGCUCAGCAGCAGCUGCAGCCAAGUAAUAACGUCACACAAGACUUUUACAGUAUAGAGUCCAGCCGGGCACGGAGGGAAACGAUGGGAUGUAACAUUAACCACAAUACCAACAGACGUCUAUACAUAGGAUGUAACGAAAACACUGUAAUAGAAGUAAAGCCAAAAUGUAAAAACGACGAAGAAGAAACUUACACCUGCCACGGCCACUGGCAGGAGAACCAGACGACGUUCAUCAUCGCGAAGCAUCUCAGCUCGCAGCAUGGCGUCUGCAUCAGCUACGUGCCAACCGAGGGGAACAACCAGGUGCAGCUGUACGUGGGUGACAGCUGUCACCGGCCAGGCAUGCAGGGCAGUCCCGGUGGGGGUGGAGGAGGAGGCGGAGGAGGUGGAGGUGGUAAUGGAGGAGCGUCGACGGCGCUGGGCGCCAGUGGCGGCUCGUACGGUGGUGGUGGCAACGGUGGCGUGACCGUCUCCCACAUGACCCUGUCCAACGUUACCGUUUUAGGCAAAUGCGGCGAAACAAGCUCAUCGAUCACGCUACACUACCACCACACCAGCAGCUGGAUGAUUCUCACUGUAUUAUCGAUAAUGCUAUUUAAUUUUACUCUAAGAUGAUCAUAUUGUACAUUUCAAUAAGAUGUAAACAAACAAGAGAAACACAAAAAGAAAGGACUCGAAUGGGCGCUGAUCUCACAGACGAAAAAAAACCCGGAGCGUGUCGUUCCGGGAAGGUGGUUUGCGGCCGUUGCAGCAACGGAGCAAGCCAUGCGGUGAGAGGGAAGCAGCUGGCGAAAAUUGUAAACAAGAGGCAAAAGACAUAUUCUACACGCUCACACAUACUGAAACAAAACACACACAAAAAAGGAGAAAAAUGAAAAUUAAAGGUGUCGUACAUCCAUUGACUGUACAAAGCGAGACAGCGAGAACGUAGAACCCAAAUAAACUUAUGGUUUUUUAUUGUUUUAUCUCUUUUGUUUCAUUUUAUCACACAUUAUCGUCCCUUACUAAGCGAUGAAAUCUUCCUUUCUCGAAUCGGUUUCACUUACGUGAUGAUUUAGCAUAAGGAAGCAAAUUAUGUAUACAGAGAACAAAGAUUAUGAAAAAAAUACUAAACUAAAGUGAGGAGAGCAGUGCGAGAAUUGACUUAAAAAAAAAAAAAAAAACAUUGUAAAUUACCAGAGUAUCUCAGUGUAAGAAAGUGAAACGGAAUGCGUCGGAGCAGGAUUAGCAAGCCAUGAACAGUUCGCCUACUUUGAGCGCCCACGCGCACACGUGCAUCGCGAGUAUCGUCAGUGCAGGCAACAACACGUUUUUAACCUUUUUACCAGUACUCUCCUUGUAAAUUCCACGAACCAACAUAAGAAAAAAAAAACAAAACAUUAAAAAAUAACCCUUACUGAAUGUGAUUAUUGUGAUUGAGAGCGCUCUAUUACCUGUGCUUCUGUUGCCUCAUUCGUCCUUUUUCGUCCUCCACUGUGGCGCACAAAAGAAAAAAAGGCAAACACAAUUUCCGACUCCCCCCGCCUGCGGUGUUGUUCCCGAGAACCACUUCUGGACACAAAGCGAGUGGUUCUUCAGUGUUGAUUUUUCUAAUCGUUUUCGGCUAAUCGGAGUUUUUAGCUUGAUCCUUCUUUCCAUACACACACACAUCCGUACACACUCACACACAGCCACAUCCACACACACACACUGCCAGCACUAUCUCUCGUGUAUUUUAUAUUUAAAAGCAAGUCAUACUCACCCACACCAAAAUUUCGACACUCAAAGGAGGAGGCAAGAAAAAAAAGAAAGGAAACGGAGAACAAAACUAACAAAAAUGAAUUAUACUAAAAAACACUGCGGUUAAAGAAAAAUAAAACCAAGAAAAAAACUACAACCUAAAGUCAACGAAUCACAUUGCGCUUACGGUACUCUCCGAACAAAAAAUAAGAAGAAGAAGAAAACGGAAAGUGAAUAGGAAGAGGAUUGGGACGUGAGGAAAGUGUGUAUAAGAAAACUAUUAAAUUAUCCGUUUUUUCUUGAAUUAUGUAUCCAAGGUUUCCUAAAAAUGCGAAGAAAGCAGACAGAAA